CUGCUUUUCUGCUUUCUGCCUUUCUGCCAAGGUGUGAAUGCCUGAAUGGUGGCGGUCACUGCGGUCAGUCGAGUCGCUCGAAUCUUUCGGUCCCUUCCAUCUCCGGUUCAGCCGGUUCAGGUAUUGUCCGAAUGUCUGAAUCAGUGGCACCUAGCCAGAACAAUUUAAAGAUUGACACAUAAUACGAUCAUGAUGAAUAUAAUUUCUAAUGAAUUGCGAUAACUUGAACCUAUUAAUAUGAAGUUUUAACAAUUUUCUUGGAGCUGAGAAUCUUCAGAAGUGGAUCGUCUGAAAAGUUUUUCACAUUAAUCUGUUCUGUGAUCAUUUUGAGGAGAAAACGAUCUUAAAAUGUACAAGACGUUAUCAAAAACAUUCGUACGCGAGGGUGUGAACAUAUUGGAACCCUUGAAAUGCGCUCCGAUACAACGACUACAACGAGGUCUGGUAAAAGAUCUGGAGAAGGAAAGAGAGACAGGCAAAGUGACCAGCUUGAAACGGUAUUGGUUCAGCAGGUACAUAAAUUACAUCAAGAAUUACGAACGCACGCUAGAGCAGAAGUUUCCGCGUACGAUGCAAAUGUACCGCGUGUUCAGCGUCGGCAGCAGAAGCGUAUACACGGACGUGAAAAGGUUCGUCACCGCGAUAAAGAGGCAAGGAUCGAACGGGGUAGAUAGCUUAACGCGGGAGGAACUGCAACUGAUGCACACGAUGCCGAGGGAUCUGCGAAAGCUCUCGCCGUUGUUUCUACUGUCAGCCCUUCCGUUUACGAACUAUAUUAUUUUUCCCUUAGCCUUGUACUUUCCACGUUACCUACUGACGUCGCACUACUGGACGCUACAGCAGAAGCUAGAAUUCAUGCUGUCUGAACACAAGGGCAGGCUGAAACACAACAGGCCGUUGUUCAGAUGCAUGCAGGCGGAGCUCAAAAGUAUCAAGGACAAAGCACUCAGGAUAAAGUGGCGAGAUGCUAUAGCUUGUUUGGGAAGUGGUACACAUCCAACCACCAAAAAUAUCAUAGCUUGUUCUAAGCUUUUUUCAGGUCCACCAUAUUCCCUUGAUAAUCUCAAAAGAAGACAUCUGAAAGAAUUAUUAGCGAUACAUGGUAUGUCACUGUGGAGACCUUUCAAGAGGAAAAGACUGAUGGAAAGGGGUAUGUUAAUAUUACGAAUGGAUCACGCUAUCUUGCGAGAGGGAGGAGUAAAAGAAAUGUCUAAUGAAGCGAUGAGAUGGGCAUUAUCCUUUAGAGGCGUCAAUCCUGCAAAUAUGUCUAUAGAAAGUAUGAGAAGCUGGCUUGAACAAUGGUUAAUAGUAUCGGCGUCUGUUAACCAAAAUAAUAUAUCUUUAUUAUUACACAGUCCUAUUUUAUUAGCUUAUAAUCAUUCUACAAAUUGGAUUCUUAUAUAUAAUUAAAAAACUAACAAAAAAAAA